UCGCCACCAGUCGCAAGCGGCCGUCAUUCCGAGUGUGGAUUUCCACUGGGUAUGAAGUGUUGAUUGUGCGUUUCUUGUCGGGCGAGUGUCAGUGUCGAGUUUUCCUGCGAUUUUCAACAGUUUCCCCCGAGUUGUCGCCGAGCGCCGCGAGGAAAUCGAUCGAGGCGGUAAAUAGGCCGUCUGCCGAGCGACUGCAGUCCUACCUGACCGGGAAGCCGUCCCAGAUCCCGUGCACGUCCGGCUCCGGGCACCCGUAACGGGACGAGUGUAAGCGCAGAAAAGGGUUUUCCUCUUGACAACUGGAUGAUCGCAUUGGAAUGUGGUUUUGAUUGAUUUUACGGGAGUGGAGUGCGUGGACGUGAAAAGUGCUGGCAAGUGUUUUCCUGGCGCGAUUCCGAGCCGUUCGUGCGCCUUGUCUGGAGGAGGCCGUCCCCCGGGUGUGAAUGCGAGUGUUCCGUCGUGGCUUGUGCGGAGCCGAGUCAGACGAGGAAAAUCCAUUGCAAUCGAUUAAGUGGCAAGUGAAGCGGAGAGCCCGCCGCAGUUGGGAUUUCUGUGAAGUUUCGUGCAAAACUGCAAGCGACUGACAUUUCUAGCGGCUGCAGCUGUCAAACCAUCGCAUCUGAGCCCGUCGGAGCCAAGAUUCAGAUUCCAGUGGAAGCGUGCAUACCUUCAAAUCAAACUAGAUUGAAUGGAAUAUGGGAUAAAAGUGAUCAAAGAUAUCAGCACUUUAUACAGUGACCUCUUAGUCCUUCUGUACGCACCUUAUAUUAAAAAAUGAUACUCGGGACAACUUUGAAUACAAUAAAAAUAUAUAAAACUUCAAUUACGGGGUUUGUUGUGUAUAGGGAAAGUGACGAAUAAUAAAAUAACAUUUACAAAUAUUCAAUUUUAAUAUUAUGUACAGUCGUUUAUUUAAAAUAUAUUGAUGUGCACUAUAUAAUAUACAUUUUAUCGUAGUUUCAAAAGUACGUCUAGAAUAGUCCGUUUACACCUCAAAUAAUAACAUUUACUCUAUAUUUUGGAUGAUAUUAUAAAUCUGUAUUUUAAUUGAUUGUGAUAACGUAUAGAACGGAACACUAAAAAUAUGACAACGACAGCAGCACGUCGAUCCCCGUCACCAAAUGACCCUGAAUGUGAGGAUGGGAGUAUGAAGCGCCAGGCGACGAGAGUUUUUAAAAAGAGCUCGUCGAAUGGAAAAAUUACCGUUUAUUUGGGCAAACGAGAUUUUGUGGAUCACAUUACACAUGUUGAUCCCAUAGAUGGUGUCGUCUUAAUCGAUCCCGAUUAUGUUCGAGACCGGAAAGUUUUCGGUAAUGUCCUGGCAGCAUUUCGUUAUGGCCGAGAAGAUCUGGACGUGCUGGGCUUGACAUUUCGUAAGGAUUUAUAUAUUGCACAUGCACAAAUCUACCCACCGGAAGGAAAUGAUCGACCGUUGACCCGACUACAAGAGCGACUUAUAAAGAAACUGGGACCUAAUGCAUAUCCUUUCUAUUUUGAAGUUCCUCCGCAUUGUCCGGCAUCGGUUUCGCUACAACCGGCGCCCGGCGAUACAGGCAAGCCGUGCGGUGUUGAUUAUGAGCUAAAGGCCUUUGUUGCAGAACAAAUAGAGGAUAAGCCACAUAAACGAAAUUCCGUACGAUUAGCGAUAAGAAAAAUUAUGUAUGCACCAUCGAAAAUAGGCGAACAACCAUCUAUUGAAGUUAGCAAAGAAUUUAUGCUUAAACCAAAUAAAAUCCACCUGGAAGCCAGUUUGGAUAAGGAGUUAUAUCACCAUGGUGAAACGAUAUCAGUUAAUGUGCACGUGGCAAAUAACUCUAAUAGGACUGUUAAAAAAAUUAAAGUAUUUGUUAGACAAUUUGCGGAUAUUUGUCUAUUUUCGACCGCACAAUAUAAAUGCAUUGUUGCCGAAACGGAAUCAGAGGAUGGAUUACAUGUAGCACCAGGCUUUACUCUAUCAAAAGUUUUCGAAUUAACACCUUUGCUGGCCAACAAUAAGGACAAAUGGGGCUUGGCUCUCGAUGGUCAAUUAAAACAUGAAGACACAAACUUGGCAUCGAGUACCCUGUCAAGAACUUUAGUCGAUGGAAAAUAUAGAAUUGCGGAUCCUGCGCAACGAGAAAGUUUAGGCAUUAUCGUACAGUACAAAGUGAAAGUGAAGCUCUUCAUCAGCGGUCCUAUCUUAGGCGGAGAUCUAGUCGCAGAACUACCAUUCAUUUUAAUGCAUCCAAAGCCUCUGGAAGACGUUGAUCCGAUAUUAUCAGAACGGUCACCGCGGCGCAGCAUUGAUCGGGCAGUUGCUGGUUCACAAGAAAAUCAAACGGUCGAAGUUCCCACAACAAAUCUUAUACAACUCGAUGGUGACGACGGACAAGAUGACGACAUAAUAUUCGAAGAUUUUGCACGACUUAGACUUAAAGGUGCUGAAACGGAUGCCUAGGACAUACUACUCCAUACUGACAACGGCUGAUUACCAAUACCAAUAAAAGAAUAAAAAAAAACAAAAAACAAGAAACGAUAUAAACAUUCAAGAAUGGAAUUUAUUAUGCACACACAUACACAAAUAAAAACAACAUACAAAGAAACACACAAUUAAAUGAAAUAAUGAAAAUAUUAUCGAAGGACUAAUUUCUAUUAUAAAUUAAUAUUUAAGUUUUAAACAAUUUUCUAAAUAUUUUUUCAUAAUUUUUAAAAUAUUGCAGAAACAAGAAGAAAAAUAUACACAAAGAUAAAAACCAAUAAUUUUUGUAAGGUAUAUCUAAAUAAGACAGAGAAAACCCAAAAAAAAAAUAUAGAAAAAUUACAGACGUAUAAUACACAAAGUAAAAACACUAUAAUAGCAACAAAUUGUCGAACAUGAAAAUACGCUUUGUCAUGAGCCACAAAAACAGUAAAAUAAAAUAGAACACAAUAAUAAACAAACGAUAAAAUAGCUAGAAGAUGAUAGACUAUUUAAAAAAAAAGUAAUUGCAGAAAAAUUGAAUUUUCGAACCCUUUUGUCCCAUUUUCCCUGUCCCGCGUGAAGGCUCAUCCACCAAGCGACCACAUACUCAUGGAAGGCUGCAGACAUUUUCCGUGACUAUCGCUGGAAACAGUCCACGGUAACCAUAUACUCUUGGAAAAGCUUUAUUUGUUGCAUUUAUUGAUCCAGGCUGGUCAAGAGAAUCUUGAACGCAAUUUUAAUUAAAAAACAAGCGAGAUUUAUUCGCUGACGAAUGACGGACUGGCUGACGGCGGAAAAAGGGAUAAAAGGUCUAGGGUUUCAAUACAAGGUGUUGUUUUAUGUACCUAUCUAAUUGUAAACAAACUUUAAUUGGAAGUAAAGAACACAAAGUAAAAGAGCAUAAA